UGAGUCUGUCUCUCCCAUCCAGCUGGCAGGGAGCAGGCAGGCAACCCCCAUGAGGUGACUGGCUACCGGCUCACAUCACUGCGGGGUGAGGGGCGAGUCUCAGCCCCAUCUCCCCGUGGUGGGAGGCGAGUCUCCGCCCCACCCCUGUGAGGGGUCGCCCCAGUGGGGCAGGGGGCGGACGCCGGCGGCAGGCGGCGGCCGGUCUCCUCCUUUGGCGCUGCGCGGGGUCCGCUCUGGGGGGAGCGGGAGGCGGAGCCGCAGCCCGCAGCCGCCGCAGCCCCGGCUCCUCAGGCCCGGGAGCGCCAUGGCCCAGGCCGGGGUCAGCUCUAAGGCCAGCGAGGGACAGACGGCGGGGCAGCUCCGCGGGCGCUUCUUCCGCUCCACCUCCAUGGCCGCCUGCUCCGGCCGCCUGCUGCAGAACCUGGACGAGCUGGAGCUCAGGGUUGAAGCCUUGCGUGAUGCAGCAUCUGCUAUGGAACAAGAAAAAGAAACUCUGCUAGAAAUGAUCCAUGGUAUACAGAACAGCCAAGAUAUGAGGCACAUCAGUGAAGGUGAAAGAGAAGAACUUUGCCUGACUGCCAGUCGUCUGAUGGGCCGAACCCUCACUGUUGAGGUUUCUGUAGAAACAAUACGAAACCCACAGCAGCAGGAAUCCCUUUUGCAUGCCACAAGCAUGAUUGAUGAAGUAGUCAAUAAACUUCUUGACAAUCUGGAAGAUUCCAAAAGCCGUUUAAUGUCACUUUAUGGUGCAUGCACGUCUGAGGUACCAUCUGGACCCAUUGAUCAGAAAUUUCAGUCUGUUGUAAUUGGAUGCGCUAUUGAAGAUCAAAAGAAAAUCAAAAGGAGACUAGAGACCCUGCUUAGAAAUACAGAAAACUCUGAAAAGUCAAUCACGUUGUUAGAACAUCCAAAAUCAACUGUCCAACAGCUUUGCAACAACGAACGGGAUUAAGUAGUGAUAGCUAUUUGGGCAGAUCAAAGUUAAGUCUCCAUAAAGGUUGCACGGAAUGCAAAGAAAAAUGUUACUUUUUAGCACUAAACUAAUAAUACUUUAGAGUGCUGGGUGCAAAUAUUAAAUAAAUACGGAUAGCACUGCCUUAGGUAUCAGAAAGAACAUAGAUAUUUUCUUUCACAAUGAAGAUGUGAUCUAAGACUGCUAUCAGGUUUGCUCCCCUAGACUUAAACUUUAUUGGUACUGCUGCUACAAAUUGUAAUUAAUGUACUUCUGCUGCACUCUUAAAGCUAGUCAGAAUCUAAUUUCUUUCUCUUAAAUUUUUGAAAACUUAAGCUGAUGUGUCAUGUACUAAGAUUUCACCUAGAAAAUUUUUUUUCCUUUGGUGAAUACUUUGUAUGAAACAGACUUAUGAGAAAAAGACAAGUCACGCAAUAAACAAGAAGAAAAAAUGGAUAUACCACACUCUAUUUUCAGUAAUGAGUAACUUUUGUUAGUGAUAAUUAGUACUUGGCACUAUACCUUAAAAUGCUUUACAGAAAAGGAUAAGAAUUGUCCCCAUUUUACAGACAUUGUGGUAAAAUAACUCGCACAAGGUCACACAGCAGGCUGGGAAUAGUACCCAGGUCUUCUGACUAACAGUUCCAUGCUCUGUCCACUGGAUGCUGCUGCCUUCUAGCCUGUUUAUUAACUAAUGCUCAGUUUGGGGCUACUGUGGGCUAAUGAUUUCAGAGUAACUUAAAAGAGGAGUUAUGCAGAAAUGCUUUCAUGUCCUGCAAAUCAAAGAUACUUUUUUUCCUAUUAAUCCUCUAUGAAGCAUAACAAAGUGAAACAGCUGGAUCUACAAACAUUUUAAAAUGGAUUAUAUUCAGUUAUGAUGUAAGCAGAUGCUGGUCUCAUUAAAGUCAAUGUAAAUUGCUCCUGCUCAUGCCAAAGUGGAGGUUAGACCCUGUUUUCCCAAAACACAGACAUCUUUUUCAUGUUCAUCACUGGUGUUUGUUAUAAAGGAGAAAGCUUUUAUAGAUCUUCCUAUUUGUACACCCUGUUUCAUAAUGUCAAACGCUGGGUGAAGUUGAUUAUUAAAUGAAAUUUUAAUAACAAGAAAAAUCAAAUGCUUCAAUGAGUUUGUUAAAUGCAUUCAUUCUGAAGUUUGAGUGAAGCAAUAGUUCAGUAAGAUGCACUAGAAUCAUAGAAUAUCAGGGUUGGAAGGAAACUCAGGAGAUCAUCUGGUCCAACCCCCUGCUUAAAGCAGGACCAAUCCCCAACUAAAUCAUCCCAGCCAGGGCUUUGUCAAGCCUGAUCUUAAAAACCUCUCAGGAAGGAGAUUCCACCACUUCCCUAGAUAACGCAUUCCAGUGCUUCACCACCCUCCGAGUGAAAAAGUUUUUCCUAAUAUCCAACCUAAACCUCCCCCACUGCAACUUGAGACCAUUACUCCUCGUUCUGUCAUCUGCUACCACUGAGAACAGUCUAGAUCCAUCAUCUUUGGACCCCCUGUCAGGUCGUUGAAAGUAGCUAUCAAAUCCCCCCUCAUUCUUCUCUUCCGCAGACUAAACAAUCCCAGUUCCCUCAGCCUCUCCUCAUAAGUCAUGUGUUCCAGUCCCCUAAUCAUUUUUGUUGCCCUCCGUUGGACUCUUUCCAAUUUUUUCACAUCCUUCUUGUAGUGUGGGGCCCAAAUCUGGACACAGUACUCCAGAUGAGGCCUCACCAAUGUCGAGUAGAGGGGAACGAUCACGUCCCUCGAUUUGCUGGCAAUGCCCCUACUUAUACAUCCCAAAAUGCCAUUGGCCUUCUUGGCAACAAGGGCACACUGCUGACUCAUAUCCAGCUUCUCGUCCACUGUAACCCCUAGCUCCUUUUCUGCAGAACUGCUGCCGAGCCAUUCAGUCCCUAGUCUGUAACAGUGCAUGGGAUUCUUCUGUCCUAAGUGCAGGACUCUGCACUUGUCUUUGUUGAACCUCAUCAGAUUUCUUUUGGCCCAAUCCUCUAAUUUGUCUAGGUCCCUCUGUAUCCUAUCCCUACCCUCCAGUGUAUCUACCUCUCCUCCCAGUUUAGUGUCAUCUGCAAACUUGCUGAGGGUGUAAUCCACGCCAUCCUCCAGAUCAUAAAUGAAGAUAUUGAACAAAACCAGCCCCAGGACUGACCACUGGGGCACUUCACUUGAUACCGGCUGCCAACAAGAUAUGGAGCCAUUGAUCACUACCCGUUGAGCUCGAUGAUCUAGCCAACUUUCUAUCCAUCUUAUAGUCCAUUCAUCCAGCCCAUACUUCUUUAACUUGCGGGCAAGAAUACUGUGGGAGACCGUGUCAAAAGCUUUGCUAAAGUCGAAGAAUAACGUGCACUGCUUUCCCCUUAUCCACAGAGCCAGUUAUCUUGUCAUAGAAGGCAAUUAGGUUAGUCAGGCAUGACUUGCCCUUGGUGAAUCCAUGGUGACUGUUCCUGAUCACUUUCCUCUCCUCUAAGUGCUUUAAAUUGAUUCCUUGAGGACCUGCUCCAUGAUUUUUCCAGGGAGUGAGGUGAGACUGACUGGCCUGUAGUUCCCAGGAUCCUCCUCCUUCCCUUUUUUAAAGAUGGGCACUACAUUAGCCUUUUUCCAGUCGUCCGGGACCUCUCCUGCUUUGAGUUUUCAAAGAUAAUGGCCAAUGGCUCUGCAAUCACAUCCGCCAACUCCUUUAGCACUCUCGGAUGCAGCGCAUCCGCCCCCAUGGACUUGUGCUUGUCCAGCUUUUUUAAAUAGCUAAACCCACUGCUAAUGAUGGUCUGCAGCACAUAGGUUUGUUCCCAAACCUCCCACUUACAGAUAAGGUAACAUAAUUAAUCUCUUUUAUGCACUGAGGUCGUAAUGUUUGUAAUGCAUUCUGUAUUUGAUUUUUUUAGAAACGUCCAGCAGCAAGAACAUAUGUAACAGGGCUUGUAAAAUAUUCAAUAACAUCUCUGUAUAGCACUAGUUUGAGGUGGGGAAUGAAAUAAAGAACUAAGUUCCAUUGUUACCCCACUUAUUGGUAUAAUACA